CAAGGGGCGCGCACCCGGCGAUCUUCGUGAUCGCUGUGUCCUACGGACACAGCUGAUCACGUGAUGUGGUAAAAGGCCAAUCACAGCGGCCUUUUACCACCUGAUCAGCGGUGUCCAAUGACACGCUGAUCAGAGGGAAAUGCAAGUGCCGGGCACUGAUGAUCAGUGCCCUGAUGAUCGGUGCCCAGCAGUGCCACCCGCAAGUUCCACCCACCUGUGCCCAGCAGUGCGCCCACUAGCUCCGCCCACCUGUGCCCAGCAGAUCACCCACCUGUGCCCAGCAGUGCACCCACCUGUGCCACUCUGCAAUGUCACACACCUGUGCCCA